AUGGGGUGCGCGUCGUCGACGUUCACCGAGGACGACGAGCGCCGGAUCAUCGGGGUGUCAGCCUCCGCGUCCCACAUCGUCUCCCUCACCUCCUCCACCUACGGCAUCCUCACCUACAACCUCGCCACCUCCCCUUCCACCAAAUCCGCACCCCCGCCGCCGCCGCCGCCGCCGCCUCCCCCGGCCACACCGCUCUCGCUCCCCUCCUGCAGGGCCAAGCCCAAGCCGCCCUCCGACGAGCAACCGGAGGCCGAGGUCAUCAACUCGUGGGAGCUCAUGGCCGGCCUGCACGACCCCUCCACCCCGGCCAAAUCCAGGUCCCCGCGCGGGCCCGCCCGCAGGGACGCCGGCGACCGCCCGCCCCGCCCCAUCCGCUUCCCGCUCCGCGCCAUCGACGGCAACGCCGCGGCGCGCAUCCUCCCCCCUCCGCCGCCGCAGCAGCGCUGCCCGCCCGGCGGCGCGCGCUGCGCCGUGCUCUACACCACCACGCUCCGCGCCGUGCGCGCCACCUUCGAGGCCUGCAACGUGGCGCGCGCGGCGCUGCAGUCCCACGGCGUCGCCUUCCGCGAGCGCGACGUCUCCAUGGACCGCGGCUUCCGGGACGAGCUCCGCGCGCUGCUGCCCCCCGGCGCCCCGGCGGCGCUGCCGCGGCUGUUCGUGCGGGGCCGGCACGUGGGAGGCGCGGAGGAGGUGCUGCGGCUGGACGAGGAGGGCGCGCUGGCGCCGCUGCUUGAGGGCCUCCCCCGCGCGCGCUCCCACGGCUGCUGCGACGGCUGCGGCGGCAUGAGGUUCCUCCCCUGCUUCGACUGCUCCGGCAGCCGCAAGGUGCUGUCCGGCGCCGGCGCGGCGGUGAAAGGGCGCCCGGAAAGGGGCGUGGUGCUCCGGUGCCGAGAGUGCAACGAGAACGGCCUCGUGCUCUGCCCCAUCUGCUCCUGAUCAGCUGGAUUUUUCACCUCGCUGCAUGGAUCUACUCCAGUAGGUUUCAGUUCGACCUCCCCUGUUCUGCUGUUCAGAUCGAUGCUACUUGUUGUAACUGAGACUCUGGUGGGUUAACUGAGGGUAGUCGUCUGAGUUCUUUUCUGAAUUUGAACUGCUUCGUAUGUAUUCAGAAAAAAAACUGAGCUUUGCACUGA